UGAAUGUGUGGGUACAUCUUAUGUAAAUAAUUUCAUUGUAUUCCGUGCUAAAAUCCUGCCAAAUUCGCAGUUCCUUGCGUUCGUUGAGUCACGAAAACGUGAUAUCCUCUGCAUGGUAGGUGCGAAGUGUGAAAAACGCAACUGCAGGCAGUAGUGUAAUGCAUUGAUACACCAGCCACUUUGCGUCCGCUCGUUGAUUCUGUUUUGAUUCAAACGUCGCAGAACCACCAACAUCAUGAUGGAGCCAUCAUUUUCGCGCAACGAAAUCAUCGGCUUUGUGAUGCGAUUAUCGCUCGUGAGCGCCGUCACUUUCUUCAGUAUAAAAUGGAUAAUGGAGCGAGUGGACCCUGCCAACAAGAACAAGAAGAAGGCAAAGGAGCGCGCCGAGGAAGCCCUGAGAAAAUUGGCGCAAAAUGGUAACGCACCGUUGACACUCGACAAGCUCACCGACUAUGAGAUGCUCAUUGCACAAAACAUAAUCAACCCGCAGGACAUUAAAAUAACAUGGGGCAACAUUGCUGGCUUAGAUGGGAUUGUGGAGGAAUUGCGUGAGACCGUGAUACUCCCAAUUCAGCGGCGUGAGUUAUUCGCGGAUUCGCAGUUGACACAACCGCCGAAGGGCGUUUUGCUGCAUGGUCCACCUGGCUGUGGCAAAACAUUGAUAGCAAAAGCCACGGCGAGAGAGGCGGGCACACGCUUCAUCAACCUCGACGUGUCGAUCCUCACCGACAAAUGGUACGGCGAGAGCCAAAAACUUGCCGCAGCUGUAUUCAGUCUUGCCAUCAAACUGCAGCCGUGCAUCAUUUUCAUCGAUGAGAUCGACUCCUUCCUCCGUGCACGGAACACCACCGACCACGAGGCGACGGCGAUGAUGAAAGCACAGUUCAUGUCAUUCUGGGAUGGACUCAUCACCGACCCCAAUACGACCGUAAUCAUCAUGGGUGCGACGAACCGCCCACAGGACCUGGACGCUGCCAUCUUGCGUCGCAUGCCAGCCACAUUUCACAUCUCGAUGCCGAACGCACACCAACGCUACGAGAUUCUGGGACUGAUCCUCGAAAACGAGCCAAUCGAGGACAACUUCGACCGUAAGAAGAUUGCACGCAUCACAGACGGCUUCUCCGGCUCGGAUCUGCGCGAGCUGUGUCGCAAUGCGUCGGUGUAUCGCGUGCGUGAUUACAUGCGCAAUUCGAUGAAGGGCGGAGCAACAGCGGAAGAGGUAUGCACGAGCACCGCCAGCGGCGUAGACUCCGAGGACGAGUACCACGACGCCCUGCGCCCCAUCACAAUGGACGACAUGCUCGCUUCCUUCAAGAAGAUGCGCGACUCGAAGAUGCACUGCGGUACGCUGCCGCUGCAACUCCGCCUCGACUAGCAUUCGUUUCCGAUCGUCGAGCGUUACUUGGCCAAUCUGAGUGCGUACAUCGACAAGUCCGAUGAAUUCGCUGGCACAUUCAAGCGAGUCAAGCCCAAAAUUCCAGUCGCAGAUUGACUACGUUAGCGCCAUUGUCAUUGUGCUCGUUUUGCCUCACUUCUGUUGUACAUAGCGAUUGAUUCCCGGACGAUGGGAAUGCAUUGUGUGAUUGUCCCUCCUUAUUGAUUCCGAACGGACCACUUCGAUCAUUUGUGCAAGUGCGGCGUUACACAUUCACUCAUGUACAAUUUGUUGGAAUCUGUAUCAAUUAAACUUUAGUCAUUUUACAAGAGCGGGAAUUUUAUUAUUGCGUUUCCGAUGGAGCUGAAUAAAUGGUCAAACUUCAUUUGUUGUUAUUUUGUGUUUGACCAACAACGGCGUGGCGGUACGAAAUCGUGUGUACAUAUUACAAGAAUCGAGUUGUUAUAGGAAAUAGUUAUCUAUCUCAGUAAGCCAUAUGUAACUGUGCACUGUUGGUCUAUUAAUUCUAUUAAUAAUGUUUAGAACUAAUGUUAAAUCACUAGAUUACUCAUUCCGCAGUUGCAUUGCAUUUCUAUUUUGCAAAAAAAAAACAACAACUGAAAUUGGAUCUAAUGUCAACUACAUUCAAAUGAUAUAUAUAUGAACACCCGCAAUGGUAUCGCUUUUGUUUAUUUUUUAUUAAGUUAUACACUAUGAUUGUGUUUUAUUUUGUGAUACACGGUAAAUUGAUUUGUUAGAUAUAGUAUUACCUUGAUUUGUAGAUGAAUAAAUGCAAGAAUAGAGAGAAUGCGAUAACGAGUCACAUCGUUUUUUUUUAUUAUAAUCAUGAAAUAUUUGUGAAAAUUAAAAUUGGAAUGGUUGUACCUGAAUAAUAACACAGAAAUCUAA